CGCACAUGCGCAAUGCCAUUUCCAUACGGACGGUUCAGUAAGCCUUUCUGCUAUUGGUUCCCUGGAUGGUGUGUAAGCGUAGUGACGGAAGGGGGGCAAAUGGCGGAGGGAUGUUCCCCGGCCCUGUUUAAAUAAUAACAACCGGAGGCCGCCCGGGGGAUUUGCGGAAAAUUUUCGUUUUCGUCCAGAAAUCUGUCGGCGCCGGAGGCCCAGGGGAGAAGGUCGAGCGAAAGCUUUUUGGUGUCACUGGAGCGUCAGCCGCUGAAGAAGGAAAAGUAGAGGCCGUGCUUUGGGAAGUCGAGGGAUUAGACCGUAGAAUAUGAAACAGGCUUCAAAAUGACAUCAAGAUUUGGGAAAACUUACAGCCGCAGAGGUGGAAAUAGCAACUCCAAGUUUGAUGAAGUAUUUUCUAAUAAAAGAACCACUCUUAGUACAAAAUGGGGAGAGACCACCUUUAUGGCAAAGCUUGGGCAGAAGAGACCUAAUCAUAAGCAGGAUGUUGCAGAUACUCCUAAGAAGCCCAAGGUUGAUGAUGAUCUCGCAGAAGAUCCAUUUGGAUUUGACAGUGAUGAGGAUUCAAUCCCAGUAUCAUCAAAAAAUGUCCCACAGUCCAAGAACAGUGUCCAACAGCCUUUGGAGCAUCUUGAAAGUGCAGACAACUUUACAUCCAAAAUAGAAGAAAAUAAUAAAGCUGAACAGCCAAUCACUGCAGAAACGACAGUGUCAUGCAAAUUCAUUUCUUUUGAUGCAUUGCAUGGACUGAGAGAAAAGAAUACAAAUAAAAUAGAGGAUGGAAAAAGACAGCACAGUUCUCCUAAGAAAAAAAAUGUUACAGGUAACGUGCAACAUUUUGCUGAAGACAGCAGUUACAGUUUUCCAAAGAGAUCCAAUAAUGAUAACAAGAAACCUGUUGUAGAAACAUUGACAGACACUAUGUGGGACUUGGGAAAUGUAUCUGGAUCAAAUUCACCUCCAAAAUCAGAACAGAUAAAAGACACCUCAACAGUUGUACUUUACGAGUGGGAAGAACUAAAUCAAGAAAAUACGGACAUUUCUGAAUUAGAAAUGAAUUUCGAUGUAAAUAGUGUUUCAGAAACUAAGGAUGAUGAUAGCCCCAGCAAUAUGGAAAAAAAUUAUAAUGAAGAGGAGCAUAUAAGUGAAGAGACAGCUCAAAGUGGUCUUAAGCUUAGUAAUUGCAGGACAUACUAUCGGUCUAACAAGGCAAAGCAAUCCCAAGGGUCAUCCAAUUUUGAUAAGCUUUUUGAUGGCCCAAGCCAGCCAGCAACAAAAUCCAAUUAUGCAUCAGAAAAAGAAAGGUCAAUCCCUGUGGAUAAAAGUUUUAGCACAGGGACUAGAUCUACAGGGAGGACUAGAGACUAUACAGUUCUUCACCCAUCUUGUUUAUCUGUUUGUAAUGUUACCAUACAAGAUAGCAUGGAGCGCGGAGUGGAUGAGUUUACUACUACACCAACAACAGAUCUGGGAGAAGCAGGGCGCCUCCGAAAGAAAGCAGAUCUGGCAACAACAAAAGCAACAACUAGAUUCCGUCCUGGAAAUCCUAAAUCAAAAAAAGAUGCCAAAUUGGAGUUUUUUGGCUUUGAUGACCAAGAUGAAGGCAGCUCUGAGGAAGGUGGCUCAAAAUCUUUUGGGCAAUCAAACUAUAGAAUCAAAUAUUUUGGCUUUGAUGACUUAAGUGAAAGUGAAGAGGAAGAUGAUGAUGGCUGGCAUCACAAGGAAAGAAAAGUUAAAAAUAAAACAAAAAGUGCAGUUGUCCCAUCAGCAUCUAUUCUUCCAAGCUCAGGUGUCACUGAAAACCUAAAGGACAAUCAGUCCAUGAAUAAUUCAGAGUUUUCAGAAGAUCAGCAUGCUGUGCCUGAAGUCUUUAAAAAGCCUGCAAGUAAACAAGCUGAGAAAAGCAAAGAUGGCGCACGAAAGAUUUUCAGUGGACCUAAAAGGUCUCCAACAAAAGCUGUGUAUAAUGCAAGACACUGGAAUCAGCCAGAGUCAGAGGAGCUUCCAGCUGUUCCAGCUUUUAAAUCUCAGACUGCACCAGCAAAGCCAUCAGAUGCACCAUGCACAAAAGAUGACGGGGUGUUUAAGGCUCCAGCACCUCCUCCUAAAGUGAUAAAAACUGUUACAAUUCCGACACGACCUUAUCAGGAUAUUGUGACAGCACUAAAAUGCAGGAAGGAGCACAAAGAAUUAUAUACGGUAGUUCAGCAUGUAAAGCACUUCAAUGAUGUUGUAGAAUUUGGAGAGAAUCAAGAAUUCACUGAUGAUAUUGAAUAUCUUCUAAGUGGGCUUAAAAGCAGUCAGCCCAUAAACACACGUUGCCUUAGUGUAAUAAGCCUGGCGACAAAAUGUGCCAUGCCAAGUUUCCGAAUGCAUCUGAGAGCGCAUGGGAUGGUAGCCAUGGUCUUUAAAACACUGGAUGAUAGUCAGCAACACCAGAAUUUAGCACUUUGCACUGCUGCACUGAUGUAUAUACUGAGCAGGGAUCGCUUAAACAUGGACCUAGACAGGGCGAGCUUGGAUCUUAUGAUCCGACUUUUAGAAAUGGAGCAAGACAACUCAGCCAGACAAAUGAAUGAGAAAGAAAUGAAUAAAAUCAAAGAGAAAAUACGCAAACUGUGUGAAACAGUCCACAACAAGCAUUUAGAUUUGGAAAACAUAACGGCUGGUCACUUGGCAAUGGAAACGUUGUUAUCUCUCACAUCAAAACGAGCAGGAGACUGGUUUAAAGAGGAGCUAAGACUUUUAGGUGGUCUUGAUCAUAUUGUGGACAAAGUUAAAGAAUGUGCUAAUCACCUUGAUCGUGAUGAAAGUGAAGAGAAAUUAGUUGCUUCUUUGUGGGGAGCAGAACGAUGUUUACGGGUCUUGGAGAGCGUAACUGUGCAUAACCCAGAAAAUCAGAGUUAUUUAAUAGCUUACAAAGAUUCACAGCUCAUUACGUCUUCAGCAAAAGCACUGCAACACUGUGAGGAGUUGAUUCAGCGUUAUAACAGAGCUGAGGACACCAUCUGCAUUCCCUACAGCAAAUCUCUUCCUCACCAUAAUGCGUCUAGUAAUGUUGGCAAAGCUGUGGAGGACUGCAUGAGGUCAAUCAUUGGUGUUUUGCUUAAUUUAACUAAUGAUAAUGAAUGGGGCAGCACAAAGACUGGUGAACAAGACAAUCUGAUAAGCACUGCACUAAACUGUGUUCUUCAGGUUCCAAGGUUUCUACCUCAAGAACAGAGAUUCGAUAUUCGUGUUUUGGGCUUAGGUCUGCUGAUUAAUCUAGUAGAGUACAGUGCUCGUAACAGACACUGUCUUGUGAACAUGGAAACAACUCAAUCUUAUGAUUCCUUCUGUGGAGAAGGGGAGGAGACCAUUAGAGAGCCCGGGCAAGUUGAUGCUGUCCAAGCAUUGGUGCUGCUUUUCUUAGAGCGUGAGCGUGCAGCCCAAUUAGCAGAAAGUCAGACAGAUGAGUUGAUCAAAGAAGUUCCAACAUCACAACAAGACAAGAGCGGACAAUGGCAGGAAACUGGAGGGGAAAUCCAGUGGGUUUCUGCAGAACAGAGCCCAAAUUCUGAAGAACCAGAAAAGAAAGAAGAGGAGGAUGAAGAGCUUGAUCUUAAUAAAGCCCUUCAGCAUGCAGGGAAGCACAUGGAAGACACUAUUGUCGCUUCUUAUACUGCUUUACUUCUGGGAUGUCUUUGUCAGGAGAGCCCGAUCAAUGUUACUACUGUGCGGGACAAUUUACCUGAAGGAGACUUUUCAAUAAUGACAGAAAUGCUUAAGAAGUUUCUUAGUUUUAUGAAUCUUACAUGUGCUGUUGGAACAACGGGGCAGAAGUCUAUCUCUAGAGUUAUUGAGUAUUUGGAGCACUGCUGAGCGCUGACUUUCCACCUGCAAGCUCAUGUUUUAUGCUGGAUAUAUCCCUCUAAAAAGGAAGAAGUCAUGCAACAAGUCCCUAAAGAUGCACUGAGAUUAUUCAUCUGUGCUACUUUAUCUGAAAGACUGACAUGACUCCACACCUAUUUCUCAUACUGAUCUGUUGACUGCUGUAACUCUCAGAAUGAAGAACCGAGGUGCGGCAGAGAGUUCAUUAGAAAUCAGGCAGUUUGUGCAUUGCAGUAUUGGUUUGUUUAGAGUACAGUAACAGGGUUCAUUAUUUCUUUGGGAAGGGUUGGGUCAGGACCAGUUAAGAAAAAUAGAAAAAAGAAAAAAAAAUGCUGCUGAUAUGAGUGCAACUGCUGAUUACUGUUGAAAUACUGCAUUCUAUACCAGCCAGAUACAAAAGCCACGCCGCUGGUAUGAGUCCAAAUAGUUGUGUCGCAUAGUACUGGACAGCUACCUGCUUUUGUUUUUGGUCUUAAUUUCUGUCUUUGGAAUAGCUUUCAUUAAGGAAUGCAUCCAAGAUCCUGUAAAAACAAACACAAUGUUUAGGUUUGUUUGCUUUAAGAUAUUUGGCUUUUUUUACUAGUAGCUUCCGAUCCUAACUAAACUUGCUGUUUUACUCUUUUAUGUCUACUUUUAUGUCUAUUCUGUACAUGCAUUAUUUUUCUAUAAUUUAAGAAUUUUUUUUCUGUGUGUUGAUGGCUCUAUCUGAUGUAAUUAUGUUAAUUUUUCUGCACCAUGCUGAAUAUCCUUAAAUUACCAGAAAUACCAUCUAAAAUCAUUCGGACAUGUUUGUGUACCUCUAAAGCUCAGUUGUACAUUACCUACCCAGUUAGUUAAUAAGGAUCUAUUUUUAUAUUUUUCAGUAGUCCAUCUCAGGUGUCAUCUUGGACUUCUUUAAAUAAGUAGGGAGAUGCCAUUGCUACGUUUAAACUUUCAGGGACUUCAUUUUCCUCCUGUAUAGAAUUGGUACUCUUUGCAGUACAUUCUUAUACUUUAAGCAACAAAAAUAUUGUGUGUUCAUCCCUGGCAGAACUGGAGAAUUGUUGCAGUACAAAACAGAUUUGAUAAAGUAGUGGAUGACUGGUUAGUGCUUAAAGAAUUGCAGUUUUUAAAUUACAGUAUAGUCCACAUUUGGGACAGUCUUUAUGCUGAAAGUCAGUUAAAAACACCGUCAUUCUAGAGUUGUUUUUUUUCUCCACCUCACUGGCUAGGAUCUAUUUUAAGAGAUACCAGUAUUUUAUUAGAAUGUUUAAAAAGUAAAGUGAACAUUUGGGACUAAUACCCAAACUUGAAGGAAUAUUUUACCAGAAGUUUAAGGUUUUUUUCUUUUCUUUAUAGCUCCUCCUUUGUGCACCAGAAACAUGACAGUUAGAGUGUGGCUUAUUAAUGUAAAGCAAAGAAAUGAAAAAGCCAUAUUAAAGGCAGGAGAAACAGUGUGCUUCUCUGC